AUGAGUGCGCGGGCGCAGUCGCUCUGUGCACACACGCGCCGAAACCCCUCACUCCUACGGGACCCGCUUCAGUUGAACAUACCGUUACAAACACUUAAUCAGGAUGACGAAAAGGAGCCUCCAUUAUCUGGAGCUGAGAAAUUCCAGCGUUUCGUCUGGAACCCAAAAACAAAGCAGUUCUUAGGGCGGACUGGAGGCAGCUGGUCCAAAAUAUUACUGUUUUACUUCAUAUUCUACGCGGCACUGGCCAUUCUUGUGGCUAUUUGCAUGUGGACGUUCCUUCAACUCCUGGACGCACGACAGCCUAAAUGGCAGUUGGAGAGCAGUAUCAUUGGCACCAAUCCUGGGCUUGGGUUCCGACCUAUGCCUCCAGAGGUCGCCAGCAGCGUUAUCUGGUACAAGGGCAACGAUCCAGGAAGCUACCAAUUCUGGGUUAAGGAACUGUCAAAGUUUUUGACAGUGUACAAACGUGACGGCAACAUAGCUGGAGCAACACAAAACUUCCAUAACUGCAACUUUAAACUCCCCACUCCAGCCGGUAAGGUGUGUGAUGUAGAUAUUAGCGCUUGGGGACCUUGUGUAGAAGACAACCACUUUGCUUACCAUAAAUCUACGCCGUGCGUCUUUCUUAAGCUCAACAAGAUCUUCGGAUGGAAGCCUGAGUUCUACAACAGCUCUGACAGUCUGCCUUCGGAAAUGCCCGAUGACUUAAAGGAUCAUAUCAAGAAUAUGACAGCGUUUGAUAAAAAUUUUCUGAACAUGGUAUGGGUAUCAUGUCAAGGCGAAAAUCCUGCAGACCGGGAGAAUCUCGGUCCUGUCCAAUAUAUGCCGUACCAAGGGUUCCCUGGAUAUUAUUUCCCGUACACCAACCAGGAAGGAUAUCUCAGUCCGUUAGUAGCUGUUCAUUUGCAGAGGCCGAAGACUGGUAUGCUUAUCAACAUGGAGUGUCGUGCGUGGGCAAGAAACAUCAUGUAUGACAGACACGAAGCCAUGGGAGCAGUGCAUAUUGAGUUAAUGAUCGAAUAA